GCAGCCGCCCGCUCUCAUGUCGUGGCUGUUCGGGCUGAACCGCGGGGCCGCCCCGGGCGGCGGCGACGGCGCGGCCGGAGGGGGCCCCGGGGCGGGGACCGGCCUCUCCCUGCCCCCGGCCCCCGGCGGUGCCGCUGCUGGAGGCGCCGGGGACCGCCAGACGCCCAAGGACAAAUGGAGCAACUUCGACCCCACGGGCCUGGAGCGGGCGGCCAAGGCGGCGCGGGAGCUGGACGCGUCCCGCCAUGCCAAAGAUGCCCUCAGCCUUGCCCAGAUGCAGGAGCAGACCUUGCAGCUGGAACAACAAACCAAGCUCAAGGAGUAUGAAGCUGCCAUAGAGCAACUGAAGAACGAGCAGAUCCGGGUACAAGCAGAAGAGAGAAGGAAAACACUCAGUGAAGAAACAAAACAGCAUCAAGCAAGGGCCCAGUACCAGGACAAGCUGGCACGGCAGCGCUACGACGAGCAGAUGCGACAGCAGCAACUUGCUAAUGAGGAGAAUCUGAGGAAGCAGGAAGAAUCUGUGCAGAAGCAGGAGGCCAUGAGGCGUGCUACUGUGGAGAGAGAGAUGGAGCUGAGGCACAAGAACGAGAUGCUGCGGGUGGAGGCGGAGGCCAGAGCCCGCGCCAAGGCGGAGCGGGAGAACGCGGACAUCAUCCGGGAGCAGAUCCGCCUCAAAGCCGCCGAGCACCGCCAGACCGUGCUGGAGUCCCUCAAGACAGCUGGGAUGCUCUUUGGGGAAGGAUUCCGUGCUUUUGUAACAGACUGGGAUAAAGUUACAGCCACGGUGGCAGGUCUGACCCUGCUGGCAGUGGGUGUUUACUCUGCCAAAAAUGCCACAGCAGUAGCAGGGAGAUACAUUGAGGCUCGUUUGGGCAAACCUUCCCUGGUGAGGGAAACCUCUCGGAUCACUGUGCUGGAGGCUUUGAAACAUCCUAUCAAGGUUGGUAAACGUCUCACCAGCAAGGCUCAGGAUGCCCUUGAAGGAGUUGUUCUCAGUGCCAAAAAAAAUGAGUUUGCUUGUGCAAUCCUUUGGGUUUGGGCACAGCUCUGGGUGCCUGGCAGUGGGGCAGGAGGGUCCUUGGGCUGUCUGAGCCUCACUUACCCGUGUCCUGUUCCUGUGCUUUCCUCCCGCAGCCUCCUGCUGUUCGUGGAUGAGGCGGACGCGUUCCUGCGGAAAAGGGCCACGGAGAAAAUCAGUGAAGAUCUCAGAGCAACUUUAAAUGCAUUCCUGCACAGAACAGGGCAGCACAGCAACAAGUUUAUGCUUGUUUUAGCAAGCAACCAGCCUGAGCAGUUUGAUUGGGCUAUCAACGAUAGGAUAGAUGAGAUGGUGAACUUUGAUCUGCCCCAGCUGGAGGAACGGGAGCGGCUCGUCCGGAUGUAUUUUGAUCGGCAUGUCCUGAAACCAGCCACAGAGGGCAAACAGAGGUUGAAGUUGGCCCAGUUUGACUAUGGGAAGAAGUGCUCGGAGAUCGCCAGGCUGACCGAGGGCAUGUCUGGGAGAGAGAUCUCCCAGCUUGCUGUGGCAUGGCAGGCAGCAGCCUAUGCCUCCGAGGACGGCGUUCUCACCGAGGCCAUGAUUGACGCCCGCGUGGCCGACGCUGUGCAGCAGCACAGGCAGAAGAUGGAGUGGCUGAAAACAGAAGGUGCUGAAGAAAGCAAAGGGACUGGCAGGAACCCCCUGCUGCCUUUCCCCAAGGGAACCCCGGUGUGAGAAGUCUGCAGGCUUCAGACCAGCGUGCGUGGGGCCGAGGCCCCGGGAGAGAGCUGGGAGGGUCUUGUGGUUUGGUGGGAUCAUCUGUUGAGAGAAGUGUGUCCUUUGGUGCAAGGGAGGGGGUGCUGCCUCAGCCUGCCUUGGAUCUCGUGGUUUGAAACAGCACCAGAAAACAACAUGGUUUAAACGAGGCAGAAGCAACUGAAUUAAAGGACCCCCUUGCUGAAAUA